AAGUGUUCAGUCUGUCUGUGUUAUUCUCUCCCCACCAAUCCAACACAUUUUCCAGCUGCCACUGUAAUAAGGGUGGUUUCCUUCCUCCUCUGUCUUGAAGCUGUAUUACAGAUACUUCUUAGCUUUUCUAUGGCUCUGGCCCAAAGCUGAUGUGUGUGUGCACAGUGGAAGAGGUGGGGCUCAUGAGUAAUGCAGUGUCAGAGGGAGGAUUGCUUAUGUAACUGGAACAGCAGAUUUAGCAAGAGAGGAGGCAGAUACUGGGGAUGGGAGCAGUGAGCUGUCGACAGAGGCAGCACUUCCGGGUGCCUACUCCUAGAAAGCAGUGUGGCAACAUCCAGGGCCCUUUGGCCCGAGGCUGGAAGAGCCUCUGGUGUGGUGUGGGGACCAUCAGGUCAGGACUGGAAGAACUAUGGGAACUACAGGGUCAUCAGGAGCCCCUACGGCCAGCCCCACUGCUACUUGAGAAGACUCUAUCUGAGUGGCCAGUGCCUCAGUUCAUCAGCCUCUUUCUACCAGAGUUUCCCAUGAGGCCUGUAAGAAGGCAGCAGCAGCUGAAGAUUUUAGGCCUUGUGGCUAAAGGCUCUUUUGGAACUGUCUUGAAAGUGCUAGAUUGUGCCCAGAAAGCUGUGUUUGCACUGAAGGUGGUACCCAAGGUGAAAGUCCUACAGAGGGACACCCUGAGGCAGUGCAAAGAGGAGGUUAGCAUUCAGCGACAGAUCAACCAUCCUUUUAUACACAGCUUGGGGGACAGCUGGCAGGGGAAACGGCACCUCUUUAUUAUGUGUAGCUACUAUUGUACAGAUCUCUACUCCCUGUGGGCUGCUGUUGGUUGCUUUCCAGAGGCCUCUGUCCGCCUAUUUGCAGCUGAGCUGGUCCUUGUGCUAUGCUACCUGCAUGACUUGGGCAUCAUCCAUCGCGAUGUGAAGAUGGAGAACAUCCUUCUGGAUGACCGAGGCCAUCUGAAAUUGACAGACUUUGGUCUGUCCCGUCAUCUGCCCCAGGGAGCGCGAGCCUAUACCAUCUGUGGCACUCUUCAGUACAUGGCCCCAGAGGUCCUGAGUGGUGGGCCUUACAACCACAGUGCUGAUUGGUGGUCCCUGGGAGUAUUACUUUUUUCUCUGGCAACUGGGAAGUUCCCAGUGGCAGCAGAAAGAGAUCAUGUGACCAUGUUGGCACGUGUGACCCACUGUGAAUCUAAGGUCCCAGCUUCUGUUAACCAAGAGCUCUCUCUCCUGCUCCAUGAGCUCUUAUGCCAGAACCCCUUGCACCGUCUGCGUUAUCUGCAUCACUUCCAGGUCCACCCUUUCUUUCGGGGUGUGGCCUUUGAUCCAGAGCUCCUACAGAAGCAGCCUGUGGACUUCAUCAUGGAGACAGAAGAUACACAGCCCAGCCCAUUGGAGCCCAUCCCCUUCAAGGACUUUGACUAUGAUCUGGAGUCCUUCCUGGUCCACUCUAUCUCUGCUUCACCCCCUCUCCUGUAGACUGGAGCCCAGCUGGAAACCUGAGGAUGUCCUCCACUGUCAACUCAGUAUGACACUUGAUGAUCCUGUUUUCUCUUGGUUGCUGCUUAAUACGCCAUCCUUCCAGGUGCUGGAUCAGAGUUAAAUCGUUAGCAUUUUGUUCCUGUCAGCCACAACUAGCCCUAGUCCUUCUCCAUCAUAUAACCCACCUCUCACUUCAUCUCAGAUCAAGGUUAUGACCUUUUUCUUUACUUCUACUGUAUAAUCAAUUUCUCUCUAUUAUUUUACUUUAUUAAUUUUUUUGAGGUAGGAUCUGUCUCUAGCUCAGGCAGACCUGGAAUUCACUAUGAUAGUUUUAGGGUGGCCUCAAACUCAUAGCAAUCCUACCUCUGCCUCCCAAGUGCUGGGAUUAAAGUCAUGCGCUACCAAAAAGGUGCUUGGCCUUUUUAUUAUCAUUAUUAUUGGCAACUUUAAUAUAUGAACAUAUUGGAAGUUGGCUGCAUUCCUAUCAUGUUAUCCUCUUUUGUCUCCUCCCCACUGCUCCAUCUCUGUAUUCUUACCCACAAGCUGUCAACCAAAGAUUUAUACUUUACCUUCUUGUUUCUCUGCCCUGUUUCUUUCCUAGGCAUUAAAAACACUUUAUGGGC